AUGGUACCACUUCCAGCACAAGGCCAUCUCAACCAAUUUCUCCACCUCUCUAGGCUCAUCUCCAUGUACAAUAUCCCUGUCCAUUAUGUUGGAACCAAUGCUCACAUUCAACAAGCGAAAACUCGUGUUCAUGGUUUUGAUCCUCUCACACUAACAAACAUUCAGUUCCAUGAAUUUCCAACACCUUCUUAUUCAACUCCCUCGCCAAAUCCUAACGCUCCUCACAAAUUCCCUAGCCAGCUAAUCCCUUCAUUUUUUGCAGCAUCCCAUCUCCGCGAGCCAGUUUGCUCUCUAGCACGCGAACUUGCUAGCACGACGAAUAUUAACAAAGUGGUUGUUAUUUAUGAUAAUUUGAUGAGUGGGGUUGUUCAAGAUUUGCCUGAAAUGCCAAAUACUGAAUGCUACUGUUUCAAUCCUAUCUCAGCUUUUCAUAGGUAUUCGUACUUUUGGGAAGUGAAAGGAAAGCCUCUACUCCCUGGAACUGAACAUUAUGAGGAUAUCCCAUCAGUUAAAGACUGUUUUUCUGCAGACUUUUGGGAAUAUUUGAAGGCACAAGUUGUUCCCUUUGUUGGUAAGAUCAGCUGUGGUGAACUUUUCAAUUCAUCGCGAGUGAUAGAAGGUUUGUACCUUGAUCUAAUGGCUAAAGAAUUCAAUAACCCGAAACUAUGGGCUAUAGGUCCAUUCAAUCCUGUGGUGCUAACUGAGAAGAACAAAGACUCCAACAAACGCCACCAGUCCCUGGAUUGGCUUGACAAACAAGAACAUAACUCAGUUAUUUUUGUGUCAUUUGGAACGACUACUUCAUUGUCUAACGAAGAAAUCAAAGAGAUCGCGAUUGGUCUAGAGAAAAGUAAGCAAAAGUUCAUUUGGGUUCUUAGAGAUGCUGACAAGGGAGAUGUUUUUACAAGUGAAGUUAGAAAAAUUCAACUGCCUGAAGGAUAUGAAGAGCGAAUAAAAGGAAGAGGAAUCAUAGUAAGAGAUUGGGCGCCUCAAUUGGAAAUCUUGGCGCAUAGUUCGGCCGGUGGUUUUAUGAGUCAUUGUGGAUGGAAUUCGUGCAUGGAAAGUAUUUCCUUUGGAGUUCCUAUAGCAGCUUGGCCAAUGCAUUCUGAUCAGCCAAGAAAUUCUCAACUUGUAACUAAGUACUUGAAAAUUGGACUUACUGUUAGGCCAUGGACGCGUAGAGAUGAACAUGUUACAUCAGAAAUGGUUGAAAAUGCUGUGAAAACUUUGAUGGAUUCAACAGAGGGAAAUGAGAUGAGGAAAAGAGCAGCAGAUUUGAGUAAUGCUGUCAAGAAAUCAGUGAUGGAUGGGGGCAUGAACCGUGCUGAGAUGGAUUCUUUCAUCGCUCACAUUACUCGUUGA